AUGACUUGCAUGCAGGAGCCUAAGCUCAGUCCUCAGCUCUACAUGUUCUUCCUGCCCAAACCAGGCGCCAGCAUGGCCGCCAACCGCCUGCUGGGAGUCGUGUGCCUGGUCCUGGCGUGCCGAGUGCCCACCUCGUGGCCUCUUCAGGAAGUGCACGUGAGCAGGGAGACCCUGGGGAAGAUCUCGGCGGCCAGUAAGAUGAUGCGGUGCUCGGUGGCUGCCGACUUCCUGUUCCUUCUGGACGGCUCCCACAGCGUCGGGAAGGGGAGCUUCGAGAGGUCCAAGCACUUUGCCCUCACGGUGUGUGACGCGCUGGAUAUCAGCUUCGAGAGGGUCCGCGUCGGGGCGCUCCAGUUCAGCUCGGCACCACACCUGGAGUUCCCCCUGGACUCGUUCUCCAGCCGGCAGCAGGUGAAGGCCAGGAUCAAGAGGAUGGUUUUCAAAGGAGGCCGCACGGAGACGGGGCUGGCCCUGAAGUACCUUCUUCGGAAAGGCUUCCCAGGGGGCAGAAAUGCCUCCGUGCCCCAGAUCCUCGUCAUCGUCACCGAUGGCCGUUCCCAGGGCCAGGUGGCCCUGCCAGCCAAGCAGCUGAAGGAAAGGGGUGUCUCUGUGUUUGCCGUGGGGGUCCGCUUCCCGAGGUGGCAGGAGCUGCACGCCCUGGCCAGCGAGCCCAGGGAGUGGUACGUGCUCAUGGCGGAGCAGGCCCCGGACGCCACCAACGGUCUCCUCAGCACCCUCGGCCACUCCGGCGUCUGCGCGGCCGCCAGCCCAGACUGCACCGUGCAGCCUCACCCCUGUGAACGGCGGACGCUGGAGACCGUGCAGGAGCACGCCGGCCAUGCCCCGUGCUGGCGAGGGUCCCGGGGCCCCGCGGGCGGAGUGCUGGCCGCACACUGCCCCUUCUUCAGCUGGAAGAAAGUGUUCUUGGCCCACCCCGCCACCUGCUACAGGACCACCUGCCCAGGCCCCUGCGACUCGCAGCCCUGCCGGAACGGAGGCACGUGUGUUCCAGAAGGCCGGGAGGGCUACCGCUGCCUGUGCCCGCCGCCCUUCGACGGGGCGGCCACCUGCGCCCCGACGCUGAGCCUGGACUGCAGAACCGACGUGCUCUUCCUGCUGGCCAGCUCCGCGGGCACCACGCUGGACGGCUUCCUGCGGGCCAAGGCCUUCGUGAAGCGCUUCGUGCAGGCGGCGCUGAGCGACGAGGCGCAGGCGCGCGUGGGCGUGGCCCAGUACAGCGGGGAGCUGGCGCUGGCCGUGCCCGUGGGCGAGUACCGGGACGUGGCCGACCUGCUCGGGAGCCUCGACGCGCUGCCCUUCCGCGGCGGCGCCACGCUCACGGGCCGCGCCCUGCGCGAGGCGGCCGAGCGCGGCUUCGGCAGCGCGGGCGCGGCGGGCCGGGACCGCCCCCGCCGGGCGCUGGUCCUGCUCACCGAGGCGCGCUCCCAGGACGAGGUGGCCGGCGCCGCGCGCCACGCCAGGGCCCGGGAGCUGCUGCUGCUGGCGCUGGGCAGCGAGGCGCUGCGGGCGGAGCUGGAGGAGAUCACGGGCAGCCCCAAGCAGGUGAUGGUCUACGCCGGCCCCCAGGACCUGUUCCACAAAAUCCCGGAGCUGCAGACGAAACUCUGCAGCCGGCUGCAGCCAGGCUGCCAGACGCAGGCCCUGGACCUGGUCUUCCUGCUGGACGCCUCCGCCGCGGUGGGGCCCGAGCACUUUGCCAGGGUGCUGAGCUUCGUGAGGGGCGGCACGCAGCAGUUCGAGGUCAACCCCGACGUGACGCAGGUGGGCCUGGUGGCCUACGGCAGCCGCGUGCAGACGGUCUUCGCGCUGGACACGCACGCGAGCCGGGCGGCCGUGCUGCGCGCCGUCAGCCAGGCGCCCUACCUGGGGGGCGCGGGCUCGGCGGGCGCCGCGCUGCUGCACGUGCACGACAAGGUGAUGACUGUCCAGCGGGGCGCCCGGCCCGGGGUCCCCAAGGUGGUGGUGCUGCUCACGGGCGGCCGGGCGGCCGAGGACGCCACCGUCCCCGCCCGGAGGCUGCGGAACAACGGGGUCUCCGUGUUGGUGGUGGGCGUGGGGCCCGUGCUGGGGGACGCGCUGCGGAGGCUGGCGGGACCCCGCGACGCCCUCAUCCACGCGGCGGCCUACUCGGACCUGCGGCGCCACCAGGAUGCGCUCGUGGAGUGGUUGUGCGCGGAAGCCAAGCGGCCGGUGGACCUGUGCCGCCCCAGCCCCUGCAUGAACGAGGGCGCCUGCAUCCUGCAGCUUGGCAGCUACCGGUGCGAGUGCCGCCCGGGCUGGGAGGGCCCCCACUGCGAGAACCGGGCCUUGAGAGGCGACGCCCCCCAAGCACGGGGUCCCCGCCCGGUGCCAGCAGGAGGGCAGCGGCUGGAGCCGGCGUCGCAGCAUCAAUCCCGGCGGCCUGGGAACCCUGGGCCCUGACAGGGCCUGGCCCGGCGCCCUGGCCUUCUCGGCGCUGCCUGAGGACAAGCGAGCAGUGACCACAGAGCUAAGCCUCUGCAGAGGAGGACACCGGAGCCCCUGGGGCACCUCCAGCCACUGUCUGGGUCCGCUGGAGAACUGGAGGAACUGCAGCUGUUCAUGCUGCAGCUCACGCUGAGCGGGGUGACGGGGCAGCAGCAUCUGGACAGACAACGCGGCCCGAUCCCAGCCUCUCCCCAGCGGCCUGCCGGGCCCGAGGUACUUGCUACUUGCUUUCCGUUCAGAAGUGGGGAGACUAGGAGAGGCCCCCCCCCCCGACCCCAGCCCGCUGGAUACUGGGGGAGGGGCAGCGUGCAGACAGCUGUGCUCUGGGCACCUCCCUGCCAGGGGGUUGUGGCGGCACAGCGAGUGGCACCCCCCGGGGGCCGAGAGAGGAAGGAUUCUUACACGCCACUGAAAUAAAGGCUGCGGGGCUCGCGGUGCUGAGCAGGGCGUGCGCUGUCUCGCUUCCGUUCUGGGGUCCUGCCGCGACCCUCCCCAGGCUCCGGGUGGCCUUCUGGCCCGACAGGAGGAUUUUGUGUCCAUUUGGCAAAGUGGUGUUUCUGGCCCCGUUUCUGGCAA